UUUUUCUUCUGACAGGUGGCAACAUGCGCAAAACACACACACACACUAAGAAAAACUCUAAUGCAAAACAAGAACAAGGCAACAAAAGGCAGGAAACGAGAAGCAUAAAGAAAAAAAAAUUAAAAAUAUAUACGGAAAUUGAGAAGCGUUUUUCUGUCAGUUUAUAAAAUUGCCGCAGUCCCCCCACCUCUGCAGCCCCUCAGCCACCGACGACGACGACGGAAGGAAAAGGAGGAUAAGCUUAAGUUGAAAUGGCACAAUCUCCCACACCAAUGUUCAAUGGGCUGGACGAUGAUCUUUACAACGAUGCAAAAUAUGCGCAUGAGAUCAACGACAAGAUGCGAGUGCCAAAGCGUAUAAAGGCGACCGGGGAGUUCUCCGACGAGGAUCUGUUGCUAUCGAAUCAGAAUGGUUUGAUCAACUCGUGGAACUAUCAUGAUAAGAUCGAUAUGAAUGUGCCCGAUCGCAUUGUGGUCCUGGGACAUAAUCAGCAUCUGGAGACGCGUUCAGCACCGCGUGAAAUCCUCUUGGAGAACUCCAUAUUGCCCAAGAAUCCAUCGAAUGGCUUCAUGCGCGUCCAGACGCCGCCUCGCGUCAUCACACUCACCGAUCAUCAUUUUCCAUCAGCCUCCGAGGAGAGCACACCACUCAAGCCCAACGGCAGCUUCUAUGGCAAUGAUCUGGAUGGGGAUGUCGACGAUGACUAUGAUGAGAAUCGGGCCACGCAAUAUGUGCGCUCCAAUGGAAAUGUCCGCAUGGGUUUCCACAAUGGCAACGAUGCCAACUCUGUGGAAUCGGAUUCACAGCUCACCACGGGCAGUGCGAGCAAACGCUCCCAGCAGAUGCAGCAGCAGCAGAACAAUCUGGACGCAUCGAUGAUCAGCCAUCGGGAUGGGACGCCCAUGGGAGAGUUGACGCCACAUGAGGAGAUACUUUAUCUGCGCCGGCAGCUGGCAAAACUUAAUCGACGUGUGCUCAACAUUGAGAUCAAUAAUGAGCAGAGAAUGCAACGUGAGAAGAUUGUCUACUGUUUGGGAUUGGCGUACUUUGUGCUGAAGACCAUCUUUUGGCUGAAUCGCAACUAGAGCUGAGGGAAUGAGGUCAGGACUCGACCUGAUGGUGCUUCUUCUUCGUUUGUUUCCUUGCUGCACACACACACACACUGACACCAUUUACAUCCCCAUACAAUUUUAUGUUUCUUUUUUUUUUGAUUUGAUUUGUGAAUGGUUUUGAGAGAGACAUGUUUAUUUUUUUUUUCAUUUGCCAUAUUUGUUGUAAGAACUGUAAUUAAAUAAGCACAACUUCUUUUUGUUUGUCCGUCGUGGAAACCAAAACAUUAAUUUUAUAUUUGUCAAAUUGUAAAAUCAUUUUUCUACUUAUGCAUAUAACAGUCCAUGCAUGCUUUAUUUAUAUAUUCAGGAAUCCCCCGAAAUUCUGUUCAAAUUGUUAAACUUAAACUUUGUGUGUGUAUUCAUGCUGAACCAAUCCAAAGCACAGCACUGAAAAAAUGAUCUUAAUCUAACAGCGCAUUAUUUUUAAAUUGAAUUUCAAAACUGAUCUGAAUUCUUGUGUGCUUUUGUUGAACGUUAGUUUUAGCCUUAACAUUGUUAACGAUAAUCCCAUGGAACGAUUAUUGAUCCCAACAAUAAAUAAUCAUAAAUAACGGUAUUUCUAUGCAAAAUCCCAUACGAUCUAGAUAAAAUAAUUAACCCAUACAUAUAUCUAAAGAAAUUUUAUGGAUAUGUUUUGAAACUAAUCCUUCAGCAACAGAUGAAAUCAUUUAGUGUUAGUGAUCGAUUAUUAUUGAAUUAAUUAUGGUAUUUAAAAACAAUAAAUAAGAAAAUAUUUAAAA